GGGGAGUGUGUGAUUAUUUUAGAUUUAGUGAAAUCAACUGGCAAAUGUGUGAAAACCUAUAAAUAGUUAAAUGAGGAAUAGCAAGACAGGCUGCCAGUGUCUGAGCUGUCCUCUCAUACCAAAAUGGAUCAAAUAUUGUUUUGUAAAAUUUGGUGAUUCCUCAAAAUGCAAUAUAUGCAAGAGGGAAGCGAUGCAAGAAGGAAAUUCUACAGAGACGACAUUAUCAUUUCUAUCAGAUGGGGAUCCUUCAGAGUUAUCUGCCGCCCCAAGGGUCUUGCAUAAAACCUGGAAAUUAUUUGGAGUCAAAUCGAGAUCAGAAAUUGUUAAAAAAGGAAGAGAAUGUGUAGAAUAUCUCAAAGAGUAUGGCAUUGAUGUAAGCAGUUUGACGGAUGAGCAGUUGUACCAAGGUCAACCUGUAGAUUUGGGAGAUUAUACAUUCUUAGGAUUUAUCUCAAAAACUAAGCUAAGGGCAGUGACGGAGACAACGCCACAUCGUCGAGUGAAAUAUUACAAGAAUGCAUAUUGUACAGAAAUUGGAUUUGGAGCACUAGCCAAAAAACCCAUAACAUUGAUAGGAAAAUGGAAUGGAACAAUUCCAAAAGAUGGAGGCUUUUUUACAGCUAGUUUCCUCAUACCUAACAAUGAAUGUGGCUUCAUGGAAGAGCCGGAUAUCA